AUGUCCGACAAGGAGACGCUGUUUGAAAUUAUCCGCUUGAAAGAGCGACUGGCAGAACCCGCGGAUGUUAGCGAUUCAGACGAAGAAGAAGAUUAUUACAUGUUGACCAAUCGUGGCAACAAGCUGAAGCGAGGUGCUCGGGGCAUUGCGUGCACUGUCCUCAACCCGCCUGGUGACCCAGUUGGUGUUAGAGUCGUGGACUAUCAUGGCCACAAGCAGGCGUUAAUAUACAAAAGAUCACGCCCCGUGUUUAUUGAAGACGAAGCUGAUCUCGAGGGCGAUUCGGACUAUGAUCCAGACGAGCCCCAAUUACUCGACGAAGUCAAGCUCGACGACUUGCUAAAGCCGAUUACGGACCCCGCGGAAGUCCCCCACCAUCCUGCCAUGUCAAGAGCAUAUACCUCUGACAUUCUCCAAAAAAUUGCUAGAGAGUCGCUGGAUAUUAUUGUUGACGAAAAAGAUCGGGUCACUAAACUCGCCAACCUGCUCUCGGCGUUUCUGGGUGACGACUCGCGCUAUCUGAAUCUCAAAAACCUAGAAAUUCCUGAAUACAACACCGCAGACGAUGCUGCAGAGCCAGUUAAGCCCGAGCCGAACCCAGAGUCGUCAGGGCAUAUGAUGGGCAUUACAAGCGAUGUACAAAGCGAUGCCAAUGGUGCCCCUAUGCGCCCCAACACUCGCCAAGAAACAAACAAAAACGUCGAGCCAUUUUUUGCGGUGCCAGAAGUGCAAAUCGACUGUGACUAUGGCGUCAGCGAGGAGGCCGCGGAGGAUGCCCGCCAGCUCCUGCAAGUGGCUCAUCAGCGCAUGGAAGAGUUUGUUCGGUGCAUGACCGAAAUUCGUAUGGGUCUCACCAGAGCAGACCGUCUCAGAAGACAGGUUCUGGCCUGGUGUCGCGAGAUGAACAAUGAGGAGUACGUCGAGGGCAUGGAGGACGUCGACGAUGAGACGUCGUCACAGCAGACCUGGCAAGCCCCGGAAGCCACCGAUGCAAGCGCUAGCGGAACAGAGCGGUUUUCUGGUGUCGACCGUAGUGAUUAA